GGGGGCCGCUCGAGCCAGCGGAGCCGCGGCCCCAGGGCCGGCCCGGGCCGCGCCAUGAAGGGCAAGGAGGAGCGCGAGGGCGGCGCGGCGGGGCCCGGCGCGGCGGGGCCGGGCGCGGGGGGCGCGGGCGGCGGCAGCCCCGAGAAGAGCCACAGCGCGCAGGAGCACAAGGAGCAGGGGAACCGGCUCUUCGGCGGCCGCAAGUACCCCGAGGCCGCCGCCUGCUACGGCCGCGCCAUCAACCGGAACCCCUUGGUGGCCGUGUACUACACCAACCGGGCCCUGUGCUACCUGAAGAUGCAGCAGCACGACAAGGCCCUGGCCGACUGCAAGCGGGCGCUGGAGCUGGACGGGCAGUCAGUGAAGGCUCACUUCUUCCUGGGCCAGUGCCAGAUGGAGAUGGAAAACUACGACGAGGCCAUCGCCAACCUGCAGAGAGCCUACAACCUCGCCAAGGAACAGCGGCUGAAUUUCGGGGAUGACAUCCCCAGCGCGCUGCGUAUCGCCAAGAAGAAACGCUGGAACAGCAUCGAGGAGAAGCGGAUCAACCAGGAGAACGAGCUGCACUCCCACCUGACCAAGCUGAUCAUGGCGGAGAAGGAGAGGGAGCUGGCGGAGUGCCGGAAGACUCAGCAGGAGGAAAACACGGACGAGAGCCGGAGCCGUGUUCAGCUGGCCAGCAUCGAGGCCAAACACGACAAAUACCUGGCAGACAUGGAUGAGCUCUUCUCCCAAGUGGAUGAGAAGAGGAAGAAGCGGGACAUCCCUGACUACCUGUGUGGGAAGAUCAGUUUUGAGCUGAUGAGAGAGCCCUGCAUCACGCCCAGCGGCAUCACCUACGACAGGAAAGACAUUGAGGAGCAUCUCCAGCGUGUGGGUCAUUUUGACCCGGUGACGCGGAGUCCCCUGACCCAGGACCAGCUGAUCCCCAAUCUCGCCAUGAAGGAGGUGAUAGACGCGUUCAUCUCGGAGAACGGCUGGGUGGAGGAUUACUGAGGGGCCGGGGGCAGCGCUGCCCGCCCGGGUGCCCUGGCACAGCUGGCUCUCCCUGGGCUGGCACCAUGCCUUACUCGCUCUCCGGCUGUUCC